UUAUCAAAGAAGGCACAUAUUCUAAUAAAUCAUUAUUAGCACAUACUAUUCCGCCAAAUAAAUAUCAAAUUCCCGACAAUUAUACAAUAGAAACUACUUGGGUAAAUAUAAAAGGGGAAGGAAGACAACGUCAAAUUAAUACUAACAAAGAGAUUCGUAAGGAAGCCAGAAAGAAGUUACUGAAUCAUUUAGCAACAUGUCGAGACGCUUACAUACCAGAGAGUUUAAAUAAGAUCAACAGAAGAAUUGACGAUUUAUUAAUAAAUGAAUAUGAAAAAUUGAAAAAACAACUUGAAACAUCGCAAAAAAAGCUCGAAAAAUUGCAAGAACAAUUAAAUAAUGCGAUGAAGAGGGAAGAAAGAUUAGUGUCAGAAGCGUCAGAAGAAGCGAAAGGAUCGUUUCAAGAACAAAUAAAUAAGGUAUUGAGAAGAUUGUCAUUAAAGGAAAGAAGAGAAACUGAUGAACUAAGAAGGAAAAUGGAUGAUUUAAGAAAGGGAAUGGAUGAAAUAAAGAGGAAAAUAGACGAUAAUGAGAGAUCCAUAGAAACUGGCCUUUUUGAGGCCAUUGGUAGAGGUUUGGAUAAACUGAUAGAAUUAUCAUCAGUAUUAGUAGGAAUAAAAUUUGAUGUUAGCAAUUGCCAAAUUUUGUAA